UAUAUUUAUUAUUACGCAUUAUACGUCUAUAUUUUCGGCGCACUUGACAUUAGUCUCGAGAUUGGCUCGACGUGGCCAGCAUCAUCUUGCUCUCGCUCGGCUCUUUUUAACCUGCCUGCCAUUUUGCGCAAUCUUUGAACUUGUCAGGAUCGUCAGUGACCGAGUAUUUAACGGUGGUGCCCGCGAUCGUAUGUGAAUUUGUCGCGAAUUUGGCGCGAUUGAUCGCGGUCGACGUGCGGCUUGUUGGACGAAACCGCGGCCCCGGACCCCCCCCGGAGGCCCCGGAUGCGCGUGGUGGAAAUACGGAAUAGAUACGGGACAAACGACUUCCGUUUAGGCAUCUCUCGCUGGCUGCUACUGCGCCUUCAGUCCUUGUACGCGUCUGCUACGGAGGUCUCGCUCCUCGCCAGCUAGCGUGACUCAUAAUAACACGAAUGUUAGUGUGAACAGUCGUGUUACAUUUUGAGAUAGUCAAAGAUUGGAAGACAGCAGGGAUUAUAUACAAGUAUCGUGAUCAUCCUCAACAACAACGAUGGAUAUAGAUCCGCCUGAAUUCCUGUCAAAGGAUGACGAGAUUCAAUAUUGGAUGGAGUUAGCUCAUCAAAUGCAUCAAAGAAAAUAUGAUGUUGAACGUGAACUGGAAGAAUUUCAAGAGAAUUCACAAAUGUUGGAGAAAGAAUUAGAAACUUCCUUGGAACAAGCGGAAAAAACAAAUAGGGAAUUGAGACAGAGAAAUACAAGACUUGCCACAGAAGUUGAACAGUUGAGAAUGCGAUUAGAUCAGCAGUCUACAGAUUGUGCCAUGUUCCAAGGAAAAGCGCAAGAUUUACAGCAACAGCACGAGCAUCUUCUAAAAUACAUUAGAGAACUUGAACAAAAAAAUGACGACUUAGAAAGAGCACAUAGGAUAAAUAGGGUUACAGAAGAGGAAAUAGAAGCUAAGUUUAAUUUAGCUAUAGAAAAGAAUGCCUUACUUGAAUCUGAACUCGAUGAAAAAGAAAGCCUAAAAGUAAUAGUGCAAAGACUGAUGGACGAAGUUAGAGAUUUGAAGCAGGAGAUACAAGUACAUGAAAGGCAUCACGCUGAUAAUAAUAAGUCCGCCGAGAGAGUUCGUAACAACAUUGACAGUAAUAAGCUACAGGCCGAAUUGGAAUCAAAUUCACCCGCUAGCCAGAUAGUUUCACAAACCAUAUCUUCGAAUAAUACAACGACUUCGCCGAUGAAACUUGGGCAUGGAAUGGUAGGGGGUGUUAUUGGAAACAACAAUAAUAAUAAUAGCCAGCCAUUGCCACCUUGUACCAGAAUACUGGCAAUGAAUAUGAUUGGUGAUCUCAUGCGAAAAGUCGGGCUUGACAGAUGGGUCUGCAUGGGCUGUAGGAGAAUAAAAUGCACUUGUCCAAGCGGACAGAUAUCAAAUACCACAUCAUCUACUGUCUUAUCAGCGGCUCAGACUCACGUAUCUACUCAAUGUAUAAGCCAACAACCUAGAUCAACCGCGUACAGAUCUUCAAUGCGCUGGAAAAUAAGCUGAACACAAGCAGAAACGCGUUUCGAGAAGAUCAAGUUCGUGAUCUCUACAGAGCUAGACGGCAAGUCAGAAGCCCAGCCACAGGAAACAACAACCACAUUCGAUUGUAAACGCAGGAUAAUGUCGCAGUGCAAUCAUAUAUCCGCACAUCAUCACGUUGUACAAUCUCGAGAUGUAAUAUUAGUAAUGAAAAUUUCUUUAAUGACUUUAAGUCUUAUUAUUAAGUUAUUCCGAAAAUUUAGUUAUUCACAAAAUUGGGAAACACUCUAUCAUGCCAGAAAUGAAAAGUCAUUCCUGAUGUACAGAGGCAAAUAAAAUAGAAUUCUUCUUACGAUAUCUUAUUUAAAAAAUGUUGUGUAGAAUCAAAUUGAGUUACUGAAUUGCAAGUUGAGUUACUAUACACUUUAUUAAUUACAUCAAGUGACAUUAAUUUGUUACUGUAAUUAUAAUGAUAUUUUUCAAUGAUGCUUGUAAAGGUCGCUAGCGGAAUACAAAUUUUCCAUUCU